CGUUUUAUGCUGGCCCGUUGAGACUACAGAAGUGAGAGGCAGCUGUUUUUACAGUGCGAAUGACAGCUUUCCAUUUUCUCCAGAAGAAUUGGUUUUUGUUGGGGAUUGUUAUUGUUAUCAUUUUGGCACGAUUGGCACCAAAAUUUGGCGUACAAGGAGGACCCAUCAAACCUGAAAUCACAGUCAAAUUUAUUGCAGUGUCAACCAUAUUUUUUAACAGUGGGCUGUCUUUAAGAACAGAGGAUCUGAAGAGGGCCCUCUUCCAAGUAAAACUACAUGUAUUUGUCCAGUCCUUCACCCUUGGUUUUGUUCCAGUGUUUGUCCACCUGUUGGUCACUCUCCUGGAAAAUAGCCAUUUAGAGGAAUGGCUUUUAAAGGGACUAAUGGUAGUUGGGUGCAUGCCCCCACCAGUCUCCUCGGCUGUCAUACUUACAAAAACAGUAGGUGGAAAUGAGGCUGCAGCAGUGUUUAAUUCUGCAUUUGGCAGUUUUCUUGGCAUCAUAGUCACUCCAUUAUUGCUACUUCACUAU